UGAUUUGUAUAUUGAUGGGCCGAAACCAAAAGCCCGAAACAAGAUUUAUGGAAUAGAGAUAGGUUCCAUUCACCGGUUUCAACUUCCAAUAUUCACGCUCUUCCCACUCACUGUCAUCGCCGCCGCACCUUCCGUCGCCGGUUGAUUACCACCGCCGUUUCAUGCCGAAAGCAUUUGUUUCAUCUUUCCAAUGAGAGGAACAAUUGGAGUAAGGAUCCAAGGUGCCAACAUUUCCAAUGCCACUAGGAGAGCCCUAGUUCCAUUUUCUACGUCUUCCAAUUUCGGAGGUGGUCGUGGUCGUGGAGGCCCUCCCUCUGGGGCGGGGCCGUUCAACUUCGCUCCAGGGAAGACUAAUUCCAGCGAGUCCAAAUCUGACACAACAGAGCCGUCCAUUCCUCCUGGUUCUGGACAUGGUGAUGGCCGUGGCAAACCAAUUCUUCCUCCUGGUUCCGGACAUGGUGAUGGCCGUGGCAAACCAAUUCUUCCUCCGUCUGGUUUUCCUUCUUUCUCAUCGUUUAUGUCAUCCCUAAAACAACCGCCUGCUGGUCGUGGCCGAGGAGGUAUUGGUCCAGUAGCAUCUCAACCUGAACAUGGUUCGCAGCCGCCAGAUUCUGGACCCAAAACACCCAUUUUCGUUAAAAGAGAGGAUGUGGCUCCUCAUACGGCCGGGGAUGGCUUUUCACCUGUUGAAACACCAAAGGAGGAUGUUGUUAGCCUAACACUCAGAUCCAGUGAUCAGGAGAGUGAUAAUAAACUUCAUGGGAGCAUACUAGGGGUGUUAUCUGGAGCUGGGCGGGGGAAGCCCGUAAAACAGGCAGAUCCACAGACUCCAGUUGCAGAAGUGAACAGGCAUAUCCGCACUCAAAGAGUUCCAGGUGCUGUUCCAUCUGAGUCUGUAUCUGAGAGACGUCCAAAACUGAGCCGAGAUGAUGCAAUUAACAAUGCAAGGAAAAUUUUGUCAAAAGGUGACAUUGAUGGAAGUGAUACUGGAAGAGAAAGAACACCAAGAGAGGGAGGUGGACUUGGUCGAGGCCGAGGUCGUGGCAGAGGCCGAGGUCGUGGCAGGGGAUUUAGGGGGAGGGAUGGAGAAGAAAGGUCUGGUCGGUCUCAGGAUACAGAUAUUUCCCAUGCUGGUGGGCUAUAUCUUGGAGAUGAUGCUGACGGUGAGAAAUUAGCCAAGAAGUUGGGGCCUGAAAUAAUGAAUCAGUUGACUGAAGGAUUUGAGGAGAUGGCCAGCAGAGUUUUACCCUCACCAUUGGAGGAUGAGUUGGUGGAAGCCAUGGACGUCAAUUAUGCAAUUGAAUGUGAGCCAGAAUAUAUGUUUGGUGAGUUUGAUUUGAAUCCAGAUAUUGAUGAGAAGGAACCAAUGCCACUUCGAGAUGCACUUGAGAAGAUGAAACCAUUCUUGAUGGUAUAUGAGGGGAUUCAAAGUCAAGAAGAGUGGGAGGAAGCAAUGGAAGAAACAAUGGCACGAGUUCCAUUAAUGAAAAAGAUUGUCGAUCACUAUUGUGGACCAGACAGGGUAACUGCAAAGAAGCAACAAGGAGAAUUAGAGAGAGUUGCUAAAACUCUUCCCACAAGCGCUCCAUCUUCCGUGAAGCAAUUUACUGACCGCGCUGUUAUCUCUCUUCAGAGCAACCCAGGCUGGGGAUUUGACAAGAAAUGCCAUUUUAUGGAUAAGCUAGUUUGGGAGGUAUCUCAGCAUUACAAGUAACUUGAUAUGCCAAUCACAAUUAAACAUGGUGGGUUUCAAGGUUACAAGUACACAAUUUCAAAGAGUGUGGAUAUUAAGUUAUCUACCCUGUUUUCUUUUUAUUUUUUUAUGAGAAAACUGCUAUGGUCCGAGUAAUAAUAUGAAUGAUAGUUGUAGCAUUGUUGCUGGCAAUUGUUAAACCAAUUGUAAACUUUGUAAUAAUUUUCCAUUUUAUUUAGAUUCUUGGCUAUACA